GACCGACUCUCACAUGUGUCUCGUGUACAUUUUCUUUCAACGGCCUGGCCAAUCCACUGUGGCACCCUGGUCUCUCACGCUCGCAUGAUAUAAAGAGCAAAAAGGCUCACACCAAGACCCCGACACAAAAGACCCCUACUCCAUCCAUCCGAUACUUCGUUUUCAGUCAACACUGGUUCGCCCCUUGCUGCCCGAUCUGUGGCUGUGAGUUGCCGUUGCUCGUCUCGUGUAUGGUGUCGAGCAAUGGGGCACUUAUCCUCUUCCUGAGAUGCUCAUUCUCCACCUCCAGCUUGUUGUUCUCCACCCUGAGCUCCUCCAGCACCUCCUUGAGUGCGUGCAGCUUCUCCUUGCCGAACUCAUCCUGCAUUAUCGCUAUGCCGUGUACCUGCACACGCACACACACACGCACACAGGCAGACAGCCAUCGACACGUGCUGUGUAUGUGUGUGCAGUGGCGAGCUGUGCUUACGAUGCGGACAAUCCUCCACAUCCGAACGACGGCAAUCAGCGACCCUGAUACACAGACAGCAAAGCAGAGAACCAUUGGCCCUCCUGGCUGAUGUGUGUAUGUGCUAUGCUGCCCCCCACCUACCCGCUGAGGGGAAGUAUAGUUCUAAGGCGAGAGAUGUUGGGGCCACCAGAAGAUCCGUGACGUAGCCCAAGUGAUAGAAGAAACGCCACCCAAACGCCACCAAAUGCAGCAACACAUCCAAAUCUGAGGGAGAACAGAGCACGUGUGACUGCAGCACACUGUGCGCGUGUAUGUGUGUGUUCAUCCAAGCCUUACUGAAGAUGCACAAAAUGGUUAGCCCGAUGAUGUGGAGCGUGUGCUGAUGAUCGAACACCCACACACACCAUUCACAGAUCCAUCCAUCCAUCCAUCCACACGGCGUCUUCUCACUUCCCACCUCUAUCGUCUCAUAGGUGCUGUGUCCCUCCCCAUGUCCCUUCUCUCCGCCGUGUGCCAGCCCCUCCUUCUUGAAGGCGCACGCCCCCUCUCCCCCGAAUACCCCCUCCAGCGCCAACAGCUCCAGCAGCACCACGAUCACAUCUAUGCCCAGAACCGCGAGCAUAAAGAAGAUGUACACCCUACACACAGACCAGACGAACAAACCAGGACAAUCGAUGAAAGACCAACAAGAAUGAGUGACCGGAUGUUCGGCCCUUCACGAGCCACGCUCCUCACCUGGAGUCGAGAAUGAGGGCCAGGCGUCCCCUCCAGUUGUUCUUCACACCAUAACUGCACCAAAGUCGAGAGCAGCCACAACCAGACCAGGGCUCAUGCAAUCUCCCUUCCAGACGAGCGAGCAACGGCACUACCUACGUGCCAAUGAGGUCGUGUGUGAAGCGCCGCUUGAUUUGGAAUGGCGGUGGCGGAGGCUCCGUUACCUCCUCAGCCAGGGCCUGAGAGGGGGAGGGGGCGGGCACAGUGCCGGUCUGUAGCGCGUCAAGGGCGGCAAUACGCAGCGAUAUCUGGGAGAUGGCCGAGUCCACGCGGAUCUGCAGCUCUGACCUGUGAGUCAGUCAGCAGACACACACAGAGCCUGAAUCGAUGAAUGACUUGAACGAAUGAGGGUGGACCUGGCGGAGUCGGCUCGCUGCGUCGCGUCUGCGGCAUCUCUGUCAGUUGAGUAAGUGGGCGACUGUGCGCUCAUCUUUCUCGUGGGCCUGAGAGGGAAGGACAGACACAGGCGAUGAGUGAAUCUGCGGAUCUCUCAUGUAACCUGUCGAGUAAUGGCUUCUGAAGAUCCCCAGAUGGCAUAUAGAAAGCCCAAGCUUCCUCCUCC